AUGGCUUAUCAGCAUCCGUUCAUGCAGAUGCCUCGGCCGACGGAUUUUAGUGUCACGUCGUUGCUGACAGGCGUUAAUUCGGCGGGCGGCGGAGUCGGUCCCGCAAGCCCGCCAUCGGCUGGAGCAUACCCUGGCGGUUUUCCGGCCGCUGCUUUAGCCGCUCUCUACCCAGUUCCGAAGUUACAUCCGCAUCAACACGCGCAUCAUGCGGCCGCCGGCGGUCCGUACACGACAGCCGAGGAUGUCGUCUUAGCAGCGGCGGUAGCGGCACAUCAUUCGGCGCACCAUCAUCCUGCACUUCUUAGGCCGCCACUUCGGGCAAUGCCUCCUGAAGAUGAUGGUGUCGUCGACGAACCGAAGGUCACUUUAGAAGGAAAAGAUCUUUGGGAAAAAUUUCAUAAACUUGGCACCGAGAUGGUCAUUACGAAAAGUGGCAGGCAAAUGUUUCCCCAAAUGAAGUUCCGGGUGUCCGGGCUAGAUGCAAAAGCGAAAUACAUUCUGCUUUUGGAUAUAGUUGCAGCAGACGAUUACAGAUACAAAUUUCAUAACAGCCGUUGGAUGGUGGCCGGAAAAGCGGAUCCGGAAAUGCCGAAAAGAAUGUACAUACAUCCGGAUUCGCCAUCGACCGGAGAGCAGUGGAUGCAGAAAGUCGUUUCUUUCCACAAACUGAAGCUGACCAAUAACAUAUCGGACAAACACGGCUUUGUAAGUACUGUGAGUUGUAUCCAUUUUUUGUUUAUUUUGAACAAUCCUGAUUCAAUGCACAAAUAUCAGCCAAGGUUUCAUCUGGUUCGAGCAAAUGAUAUAUUGAAGUUGCCGUACUCAACAUUUAGGACAUAUGUUUUCAAAGAAACAGAAUUCAUAGCCGUCACAGCUUACCAAAAUGAAAAGAUAACACAAUUAAAAAUUGAUAACAAUCCCUUUGCAAAAGGAUUCAGAGACACAGGGGCUGGAAAAAGAGAAAAAAAUCUCAUCUCUUCCAGACAAGCGCUGCUGGCCACUCAAAGACAUUCAGAUGGAUCAGAAAAACUUCCAGCAACGACAGGAAGUUCUCGUGGACCUGCUGAUCCAGGCGGAGAUAGAAGAAUGCAUAGAGCUCCUUCGAGAAAUUCGCCCGGGCUAGGUGAUGAUGAUGAUAAAUUGCUCGACGUGGUUGGCACGUCAGAAAGUCCUAUGCUGCCAACUGGACAUCAUUUGACACCUGGACAUCCACAUCCACAUUCUGCCUGGUUCAAUUUGUCUGGUGAUUCAGAAGAUGCAAUCCGACGGCGUCUUCAGCAACACAACGCAGACGAUUCUGAACGUGGCGACGGUAGUGAUUCUAGUUGCUCAGGCAGCGUAAACGGCAGCAGCCAAGGUUUCCGUCCUGCUUCAAGGUCUUCACCACAGUCUCACAAUACUUCUGGCUCAACAAUAACAGGAGCGAACUCGGAUUACCCAGCCCCUAAUAUAAGUGUUGGCCCGCCGAUCCAUCCACCGCCGCAUUUGCUACCUUAUCUCUACCCACCAGGACUUUACCCACCACAUGACAGGCAUGCAUUUGCUCCACCACUGUCAUCUCUAUUCGGUCACCAAUUAGCUGCUGGACAUCAGCUUUUUAAUGCUCAAUUAGCAUUAGCGGCUCAACAUCCAGCCUUGUUUUCACAUUACUCCGGCCUGGCUGGACCAGGAAGUCCACUACAUGCGCUUAAGGCUGGUCAUCAUAGGUUUGCGCCU